AUAUUCCAGGGAGAGAAGCGGGACCGUCGGAUGGAACAGAGGGUCGAGAGGCCGGAGAGUGUAGCGGGGGCCUCAGAGUGGCUUUGGGGGUGUCUGGAGCUGGGGUCAGGCGUGGAGACUUUGGGAAUUCGGGGCGCUGAGGAGCGUGUGCCGGGCCAGCGCUCCCGACGGUUGCGCACGCCGGCCGACCCUGAGAUUGAGGAUGCGGAGGCCCUGCCGGCCCCUCAAGAUUAAGCCUUGUUUAUACGCUGUCUCUGUGGUUUUCUCGUAAUCGCAGUUUAGUAUUUCCACCCAUUUGGCUCGAAUCCUGAAGCUUCAGUAGUGGUUAAAUCUCAUUGUGAAAGCGUUACCACAGUAAAAUGAAUGAAGAUAAACCUGGUGACUCACAGAACCUUGCUUGUGUUUUCUGUCGAAAAAAUGAUGACUGUCCUAAUAAAUAUGGAGAAAAGAAAACUUAUGAGAAAUGGAAUCUCACUGUACAUUACUAUUGUUUGUUAAUGUCCAGUGGAAUUUGGCAGAGAGGUAAAGAAGAAGAAGGAGUUUAUGGUUUUCUAAUUGAAGACAUCAGGAAGGAAGUAAAUAGAGCUUCUAAACUGAAAUGUUGUAUUUGCAAGAAAACUGGUGCUUCAAUUGGAUGCGUUGCCCCCCGAUGUAAACGAAGUUAUCAUUUCCCUUGUGGACUUCAGAAAGAAUGUAUUUUCCAGUUCACUGGCAAUUUUGCGUCAUUUUGUUGGAACCAUCGACCUGUUCAAAUCAUUACAUCUAAUAGUUAUAGAGAAUCCUUACCAUGCACCAUUUGCUUGGAAUUUAUUGAGCCUAUUCCAACUUAUAGCAUAUUACGAAGUCCUUGUUGUAAGAAUGCUUGGUUUCAUAGAGAGUGUUUACAGGUUCAAGCAAUAAAUGCGGGAGUAUUUUUCUUUAGGUGUACAAUAUGCAACAAUAGUGACAUCUUUCAGAAAGAGAUGUUGAGAAUGGGGAUUCAUAUUCCUGAAAAAGAUGCAUCUUGGGAAUUAGAGGAAAAUGCUUAUCAAGAGCUUCUGCAGCACUAUGAGCAUUGUGAUGUCCGAAGGUGUCGUUGCAAAGAAGGGCGAGACUAUAAUGUACCUGAUAGCAAAUGGGAAAUAAAGCGAUGUCAGUGUUGUGGUUCCAGUGGAACACAUUUAGCCUGUUCCUCACUGCGAUCAUGGGAAGAAAAUUGGGAGUGUUUGGAAUGUAGAGGUAUUAUCUACAAUUCAGGAGAGUUCCAAAAAGCCAAAAAACAUGCAUUACCCAACUCUAAUGUGGGAAUUACUGAUUGUUUAUUGGAAGAGUCAUCACCUAAAUUACCCAGACAGUCACCUGGAGCCCAGAGUAAAGAUCUACUAAGGCAAGGCAGCAAAUUUAGAAGAGACAUUUCUGCUAUACUGAUAGAGUUAGGAUUCCAAAUUAAAAAAAAAACUAAAAGAUUGUAUAUCAACAAAGCCAAUAUCUGGAAUAGUGCCUUAGAUGGAUUCAGAAAUCAAAACUUUAAUCCUUCAUAUGCAAUUGAAGUAGCAUAUGUUAAUGAAAAUGAUAACUUUGGAAGAGAGCAUCCUGGAUCAAAGCAAGAAUUUCUCAGUCUCUUAAUGCAACAUCUUGAGAACUCAUCAUUGUUUGAAGGGUCCUUGUCAAAGAACUUAUCUCUAAAUUCUCAAGCCUUGAAAGAGAAUCUUUACUAUGAAGCUGGCAAAAUGCUUGCCAUUUCUUUGGUUCAUGGUGGUCCUUCACCUGGUUUCUUUUCUAAAACGUUGUUUAACUGCCUUGUUUAUGGACCAGAAAAUACCGAACCAAUUUUAGACGAUGUUUCAGACUUUGAUGUGGCACAAAUUAUAAUCAGGAUAAAUACUGCAACAAAUAUGGCUGACUUAAAGUCAAUAAUAAAUGAAUGCUAUAACUACCUAGAGUUUAUUGGAUGUCUCAGACUUACAACAACAUUAAGUGAUAAAUCUAUGUUGGUAAAAGACAUACUUGUAUACCAUGUAAUUAAGAGAGUCCAAGCACCCUUUGAAAGUUUUAAGCAGGGUCUGAAAACUCUUGGUGUUUUGGAGAAAAUUCAGACUUAUCCAGAAGCGUUUUGUAGUAUCCUCUGUCAUAAACCUGGGAAUCUUUCUGCAAAAAUCCUUAGUGAUCUUUUUACAGUACACACAUUACCUGACGUACAAGCUUUGGGGUUUUGGAACAGUUACUUACAGGCUGUUGAGGAUGGUAAAUCUGCAACAACAAUGGAAGACAUUCUUAUUUUUGCAACUGGUUGCAGUUCCAUUCCUCCAGCUGGAUUUAAACCCACUCCUUCAAUUGAGUGUCUGCAUAUGGAUUUUCCUGUUGGAAACAAGUGUAAUAACUGUUUAGCAGUUCCAAUCACCAAUACAUAUAAAGAGUUUCAAGAAAAUAUGGACUUUGCCAUAAGAAACACUCUAAGACUAGAAAAGGAAGAAAGUUCUCACUACAUUGAACAUUAAAAUGUUUCUUUGAACAAAGAUCCUUGUUUAAAAGCUGCUAUUGAAAAUUUUUUUUUGUUUUAGAAAUCUUUUCAUCAUCACUUUUCAACUAAUUUGUUAGCUCCUUGGCCAAAUAAAAUUUAUGAUAUGAACAUAAAGGAAUGUUUUGGCCAUUCAAGCUAAAAAUUUUUUUUAUUAAGGCAUACUAAUCAAAAUUUGUGAUAUUUUUCCAUUUUCUUAAUAUAUAUGCUUCAUAAACUUCAAUAUAAAUACUUUCAGAAUGGUUGUACAGACUUUAUUAGGUAUAGUAGCAUGGUAUAUAUAAGAUAAAAGCUGUUUUACUCACUAUUUUUAUAAAUCAAGAUAACCUAUAGGGUGCCAGGAUAUUUCUAGUUUUAUGCAAUUUCAAAUUAUUCUUUAUUUUAAAGCAUUAAAUAGAAAAGUUAAUUCGAUAAAUCUUGUUAUAUAAAUCAGAGACAUAUAUUUGGGGUAUGUGUUAUAUUAUGUAUGCAUUUCUAGGAUGGCACUAAAUUAGUGGUUAAAUAUGUUUUUAGAUUACUGAUUUAUAUUAAAAAGACCCACAUUGCAAUUAGACUAUGCCUAAUAGGAAAUAUUAUAUAAAAAGCAGAAUUGCACAAAUAUUCUGGAAUCUGGACAUUCCAUAGGUUUAAAAACACUUCUGAGGUGGAUAAAGUGUUGUUGAAAAUAUGUAAGAAAGUGUGUUUUCUUUAAAGCCUGGGCUUUAAUCAUAGAAUUUUUUUUUUCUGUAUCCUAUACGUGAUAUUCAGUAUGUCUGAUCCAUAAUCAGUUUAAGUAUCUAAAUGAUCUCUGUGGAUUGCCAUGUGAUAGAUGUGAUCAUUUAACAGUUAUUUAUUAUCAGUAUAGUUGUAUGUUAGUUAAGCUGGCACCAUAGCAUUAUACAGUUAUCUUCUUUGCUCUUGAAUGAUAUCUGUUAUUAUAUAAGCAAUGUGUAAAUAAAGUAAAAAGGACAGAAUGAAAAACCCACUCUAAAAUCUCACCACACAGAGAUAAGUACUUUCUUUGUGUCCUUCUAUAAAUGCUUUACUUAUGUUUCCUUUAUUUUUAAACUCUAUUAAUGCUACUAAAUGUCAAAGAAUACCUAAAAGUAACAAGAAAUCAUGUAAUAACAAUGUUAAGAUAUGUACACGUCUGCAUGUUUAUACUCCUGCAAAAAGAAAAAAUUCGAAAAAAUCUAAUGUCCCUAAUCUUUUAUCAAAUAUAAAUGACAUAAAGUCCCAAUUUUCCACUAAAGUAAAUGCUUAUGAUAGGUAAUUCAUUAUGGGAGGUAAAAUGUUGUAAGCAUACUCUUCUUAGUACACAAAGCAGGUAUCAGCUAUUGUCAUAUUUUCAUUUUUCCCAAGAAAUAUCCUUAAAUUACUGAUAUUUUUAGAGAAAAAUAACAGGAUUGAUUUGAUAUAGAUAAUACAUCUGUUACCACCAAAGGAAAAGUAAAACAUAAUGCUAGUGUAAUUUUCUUUGUUACCUCAUAUAUAUUUCAAGUUAUAUUUCCUAACAGACUUAGCAAAUUAAAGUUUUACUUUAAGUAUUUGAAAACAUCAAACAAUGUAUUUCUUUAUCAUAUGUUGAAUUCUAUUGGAUUACCUAAAGUAAUUAAAGGAUCGAGUAAGAAAAGUUUGAAUAUCUAAUAUAAACCUCAAAUUCACCGUACAGCUUUUUUCCAAAUGUGUUGAUAAAUUGGGUAUUUUGUUUCUUAAACUGUCUAUAUUUUAUAAAAUUU